AUGCACCACCAGAACCAUGCAGGACCUCCAGAGAUGUCUGGUGUGUCCUCUGGAGGUGUCAGUCAGUUCAGGGAGCAUCCAGGUUGCUCGAGGCCAGACAGCAGUAUUGCCCUGCACCUUCACCACUAAUGCUGCUCUCACUAACCUUAAUGUCAUAUGGAUGGUCAUUCCUCUUUCUAAUGCCAACCAGCCUCAACAGGUUAUUCUCUACCAAGGGGGUCAGAUCUUUGGUGGUGCACCUCAGUUCUAUGGGCGAGUGGGGUUUGCUGUGACAAUGCCAACCACCAGUGCCUCCAUCUUCAUCAACAACACUCAGCUAUCGGAUACUGGCACAUACCAGUGUUUGGUCAACAACCUUCCAGACCGAGGCGUCAGGAAUAUUGGAGUCAUUGGACUUACUGUCCUGGUUCCUCCUUCUGCCCCGCUUUGCAGAAUCCAGGGGUCCCUGGACGUGGGCAGCGAUAUCACACUGACCUGCAGCUCGGAAGAAGGCAUCCCCCGGCCAACAUACCUCUGGGAGAAACUGGACAAUGUUCCUAAGUUGCCCCCAACUGCCACACAAGACCAAGUCCAGGGCACUGUCACUCUCCGAAAUAUCAGCACUGUGUCCUCAGGUCUUUACCAAUGUGUGGCUUCAAAUGCCAUUGGAACCAGCACUUGCCUUCUGGACCUGCAAGUCAUUGCACCCCACCCCCGGAGUAUUGGCCUGAUUGCAGGAGCGGUAGCCACAGGUGCCGUUGUGCUUGUUGUUUGCAUUGUCUUGGUGGCCGUGGCACUGUUUUACUGGAAAAAUAAACACAAAGAAGAAGAAGAGGAGGAGAUUCCAAAUGAGAUAAGGGAGGACGACCUGCCACCUAAAUGCUCCUCCGCCGCAAAGACAUUCCACGCCGAUGCAUCCUCAUCAGAGAACGACACUCUCACUUCCUCCAACACCUACAACAGCCGCUACUGGAAUGACCCCAAAGCCAACCACGCCACAGACUCCUUCACCCGCUUCAGCAACAGCAAUGAUGCCCACCAGCCCCCCUUCUCCCGCUCGGGGAGCACGAGCACCCGCCCCAUCUAUGCCAACGGCGGCCACCCGUCCCCGGCUCCCCCUAAGACGCUGGUGGUGACGGCCAGCACGGCGCCGUCCCCUCAGGAGGUGAUCCGGAGCAACGGCUCAGUCAGCAGGAAGCCACGGCCACCGCACACCCGCUCCUACGCCGUCAGCCAGGCCACGCUGGAGCGGAUCGGGGCUGUCCCUGUCAUGGUGCCCGCCCAGAGCCGGGCUGGCUCCCUUGUGUAGGGCCAUGCUGGUGGCCAAGAGCCAAGCAAGGGGCCUCUUGUACCCGGUGGGGCGAAGAGACCCUACUCCUUCCUGAAAGGUGGCGAGGCAGUGGGGGGACACACACUUACCUCGCCCCCCUGCCCUUCCCUCCCAAGGCCACUGCCGGUCGGGGAGGGGGACAGCCCCAGCCAUGACGCAUCCCCCUGGCUGUUGGGGCUCCUUGUGCCGGUGGACGCCGCAGACGUGCCAAGGUCGGAGGACCAAGGAGGUGGGGACAUGCUCCCUGGCUGCUGGGCCCCGGCCGGGAUGUGCACCCAGCCCUGACCCCAGGAGGGACUUUUGCUUUUGUUUCCCAUCGGUUUUGUUGGGAAUCGAUUCCAUCCAUUUGGGUCUUUCAGGGAGGUUUGGGGAGAUAUAUAUAUAUUAUUAUUUCUUUUUUUUUUUCUGUUGUUGUCGCUGUUUUAUUUCCAAGAGAACGCCAGCCCGCAUUGGGGCAGGAAGGGCUGAGUGGGGAGGGGUGCUGAGGCGGGGUCUGCCUCAACAUGGUCACCCUGGCCCCCUCCCCACACCCCCUGGCCUUGCUGCUGGAUGAAGGAGGGCAGUGGGCCGGGUGUGAAGGGACACAGGCCAGGCUGGAGGGGACAGAGGGAGAUAACAGCCACCAGCCCGGCCAAGGGGACGGCUGGGCGAGGGUGCGGACCGGGGAGCGUUUGUCUUUAUUUGUUGCAGUUCUUCCCCCACCCCAACAUGCACACAAACACACAGACACACACAGACACACACACAGGUCCUCCUCAGACUGGGUGUUUUUCCUGCGCUAGCUCUGUACCGCUGCCUGUUCAUGGCUGUGGACGAUGGAGCUGAGUGUCUUUCCCCCAGACACUCCAUGCAGGAUAGGGGUGCGUCGCUGCUGUUGCUGCUGUAUGGCUCAUGGCUUUUUCUUUUUUUUUGGGCUGUUGCUGGGUUUAUUCAGGAGGCAGAGAGGAGCAGCGUGGCAUGGAAGAGCAGCAGGCAGGUCCAGAGGCAUCUGCUGCCCAUGGGCUGCUCUGGUUCAGGGUAAGAAGCUUCAAACCCCACAGCUUUGGUGUUUGCAUGGUGGGUUUGGUUUUCCUUACUGGGCUGUCCGUGGCUGGGUGGUAUGGCAGGGCACGUGUUGUGCUUGGGGCUCCCACACGGAAGCAUCAGAGUUUUCAUUCCUGCUGUUCCAUGCCCAGGGACAUCACAAAUGCUGAGGCUGGCAGGAUUCGCCUCCAAAUCCCUUUUCUUAGAAAAAAAAGUGAAAGCAGGGGUUUAAUGGAGGGUGUAACCCUGUGGAAACCCACGUGCUAUCUCUCUGCCUCCUCUACUUCCCACAAUGUCCUGGGGCUGGGUGCUGGUGGCAUCUGCCAGUGGCUCUGCCAUCUCCUUGCAGCUGGGGAGGUGGUUGUGCCUGGCACCCAUUCUUUUUCUAUUGCAACUAAAUAGCCUUAAUCAAAGCCAAGAGUGGAAACUGCUCGAGGAACCUGGUGCCAUUUGGAGGGCUGGACUGAGGGCUGGUACUUACCUUCCCAGAGAGCAAUGGCUCAAUGGGGCCAUGCCUGGAUGAGUAUCUCCGCCCUCCUGUGUAACACCAACCCUUGCACAUGUAAAAGCAGUGGUGACCUCCAAAAGCACCAGAGCCCUCCCAGGUCUGCUUUUGGAAAAGCAAUUUGGGGAGUCACAGGUGACUUUCCGUAGCUCUCACAUUGGUAAAAGGGUCUGUUUAAGCCAACAGACUCUUCCUCAUCCCUACUUUCCUUGUCCCGGCACGGCUUUACUUUCCCUAGCAGUGCACAAGCCUUGGGCAGGACCUUCUGCCUGAGCAGUACCUUUCAAAUGCAAGCACAGACUCUGAGGAAGAGGGAGAAGAGGUGAGGGCUGGGUUCCUACAUGGACACACUGGCUUUUUGGGAGGUUUGGAGCUCCCAGGCAGCACUAAGUUUGAAGCUUGGCUGAGAUUUUGUGCCUUCUUUGCUUAAAUUAAAAAAGAGAAGACAAAAAAAAAAAGGAAAAAAAAUUAAAAUCUAACUUCCCUUCCUCCCCCCUCCUACACAACUCCAUCCAGAAUGGGUGCAAACCCCCAUGGUGGUGCAGGCAGGAGGCUGCUCUGUGUGUGUGUGCACACAGAUCUCACUGGAGCAGUCCUCUUUCCUGCCUUUCUGCUCACUUUGCAGCUGGGUGGUAGGAUUGACAGGGGGAAGAAGAGUGGCUUUAGAAACCCUAAUGUGGGAGGUAAAAAAAAAAAAAAAGAAAAGGCAAUCACAGAAAAGCCCAGACACAUUUUCUCUGCGUUU